CCCGCAUGUCCUGCGGGCUGCGUUCUUCUCCCUCCCCCUACUCUCUGGCUGUCCAAUAAUACCACUGCAAGCGGACGGACACACAAGGCAGCACCGUAUUCUAUUAACCAAUCUUCUUUCGCCCAUUCCACUCGGGCCCCAGGAUCGGCCUCCAACCCUAUUUAAUGAUCGUCGCCUGCCUCCUUGAACCCACCGGGAUAUCUUCCACCUUGUUAUAAGCCUCGCUUUGCCUUCUUCCACUCGAGCCACUCGCCAUGUCUCUCACAGCUCUCCCCACCGAACUGCUCGAUGCCAUUUGCGAGCCACUCGCAUCGAAUGCAUCUACUCUCGCCAGCCUCGCGCGCGCUUGCGCAGCUACGCACGGAAGCGCCAUGCGCAUGUUGUAUCGCUCCGUCUCUGUUUCCACGUACGCCGGUAAUCUUCCCGUUGUCCACACCCUUGCCAUUCGCCCAGAGCUCGCACGACACGUGCGCUCUUUUGCUAUCGCGUUGGACGAUUCCGACGCCGUCCUUCGUCCGUACUACGCGCUGUUGCAGGCAGCUUUACAGCAGAUGUCGCAGCUCGAGUCGUUGGAGCUGUACGUCGAUUCUAGCGCGAGCUGGGUGCUAUUGGACCUCAACGACCCUUCCCGCCUCGAACACUUUGCGUGCGCCUUCCCAUUGGAUCCGAAUGUCACCGCCUUCCUGAGUCGCACGCCUGCGCUCCGCUCGCUGCAGAUCGCCGAUCCUGCACCGUCAACCGUCCCAGCCCUACACUCCAUGCACUUCCCGCUACUCGAAUCGUACACCGGACCUGCGUCACUUUUGCCUCUCCUUGCUUCUCGUCCACUUACGACGAUCCAUCUAUCCGGUGACCUCAAGAUCGAGGACAUACCCCACUCCGGCAGCGCUCCGGAGGCAAAAACGGGCGAUGUGCAGAUUCUGAGUGCUAUCACGAGUACACCGCCUGCACUUCUGCUGGAGACACUCGCGCGUGCUUACCCGGGGCUGGUCUGCUUGAGACUCAUGACCACCUUUGCAUUCUGGCAAGCGCCCGAUAUGACUUUGUAUUCUCGUAUCGCGGACACACUUGCGUCCAUGUCUUCCCUCACCGUCUUUGAACUCUCCGGUAUGCACUGGGAGUCUCGUCCAAAAUCUCCCGGGAGCUUGCCGGCCGUGGGUGGAGAACGCAAAGAGUGGAUCUCGCCACCUGUUACACCCCGCGCAGCGGAGAACCAGGGGGAGGCUGAGACUUUCCUAGAAAACCAGAACCAAAACCUCGGAUUCGGGGAAGCUUUUCUUGAUUGGUCGUAUUAGGGCUGCGGAACGACCGCUAUAAGUCCCGGAACGACAGUAUGCGUCUGGAUCUCUUUGUGCUACCCCAUUUCUUGUUCUGUUCGCACUAUACCCUUCCCUGUGCUCGGUUGUCUAACUUAUUGACCCUGUCGACUACCUCCUAUCACUGCCUAUCCGUGCCCUCCAGUAUAUCACCCAUGAGCCUGCAUAAUUCACUUCAGUGUCAGAACUGGUAUUUUUCUCUGUCAUGCUCUUUUCUGCAUGCCCCUCUUAGGGUCUUGUAUAGCAUUUCUUGAUCGAAUCUCAUGUAGCUAGCACAACAUCCGAAUAUGCGUACGUAGGUAUAAUAUGGUAAUCAUAAAUUGGAUACUUUACAAGAUGAU